AUGGAAAGUGGCGACCGAAUAUUGGUGGCUGCUGGUUUAACUGCGGCUGUUGUGGUCGGAGCCUUCGUACUAUGGGGACCUGGAGGAGCACCUCGAGUGCGAAAACGCCGCGGGCAGAUCGCAGGCUUACAAAAUUUAGGAAGGACUUGUUUUUUGAAUACGUUACUACAGGCAUUGGCUGCUUGCCCCACAUUUAUAGACUGGCUCAAAAAAUAUGCAAAGGCUGAUGGUCACAAUAGUAUGAUUACAACAUUGUAUACGGUGAUUGAAGUGGUAAAUGGAACUCAUGAGUCAGCAAGAGGCACUCCUGUUUGCCCUCUGGGUGUGCUACAGGCAUUACGCGCAGCGGGAUGGGUAGUGCCUGCUGACCAGCAGGACGCACAUGAGUUACUGCAUGUGCUGUUGUCAUGCAUCGAGGAAGAGACCACUGCUAUGGCUAGAAAGCCAGGAUGUCUGUCAGACGCGCUAGGUCUGGGCGGUGGGCGCGCAUGGUCUGCGCUGGCAUCCCCCGCGUCUCCCCCCGCGGCGCCGCUGGCGGGGCGCGACUCCCCCCCUCCCCUUCUCGCUCGUCCCGCGCGCCCCGCUUCUGCCGCGCCAGGAGAUGAGCCCGAGCUUAUCGAAUCAGAGGCGAGUGCGCCGCGGCUGCGGAAGGGCGUGUCGCGGUCGUUCUGCCACCUGAGCGGCGUGGGGCGGCGCUGGCUGCCCGCCCCCGCGCGCGCCGCCCCCGCCCCCGCGCCCCCCUUCCGCGGCACGCUGGCCGAGCGGCUGCACUGCACCGUCUGCUCCGCCAAGGUAUCUGUGUCGCCCGAGAGCCCCGUCCGCUACGACAAGUUUGACAGCGUGUCCCUGUCGAUGUCCAACGCCAGCGCCGGACUCAGCGGCAGCUACAGUCUGUCAGGUGCGUUAUGUUACAAUUAG